CAAGGCUAUAGGUGAGGUUUUUAGAUGCGGCGAAGUCUCACAUUUUUAUCUAGAAAUACUUCGUUGAAAAUCAGGCCAUCCUCACUUCACAUUGUUCGAAACAUAUCGAAGAGUUAUUUUAUUAUACUUUAAAUCGAAUAUUACCAAAGAUUCAUUCAUAUUUGGUCGGCAAAAUUGUCCUGAGUGUUAAACCAACCAACCACCAUGCCAAAGGAAAAGAUCCAUAUUAACAUCGUCGUUAUCGGCCACGUCGACUCCGGUAAAUCUACCACCACCGGCCAUCUCAUCUACAAAUGUGGUGGUAUCGACAAGCGAACCAUCGAGAAGUUCGAGAAGGAAUCCAGCGAGAUGGGCAAAGGCUCCUUCAAGUAUGCUUGGGUUCUUGACAAGCUGAAAGCUGAGCGUGAACGUGGUAUCACCAUUGACAUUGCCCUGUGGAAGUUCGAGACCUUAAAAUAUUAUGUCACCGUCAUUGAUGCACCUGGACACCGUGACUUCAUCAAGAACAUGAUCACUGGAACAUCACAGGCUGAUUGUGCAGUGCUUAUUAUUGCCUCUGGUACUGGUGAGUUUGAGGCUGGCAUCUCUAAGAAUGGACAGACACGUGAGCAUGCCCUUCUUGCUUACACCCUUGGUGUAAAGCAGAUGCUCGUCUGCGCAAACAAAAUGGACAGUACUGAACCACCCUACAGUGAAGCAAGGUUCAAAGAAAUCCAAAAGGAAGUAGCCAAUUUUCUGAAGAAGGUUGGCUUCAAUCCUAAGGCAGUGCCAUUUAUACCAAUAUCUGGUUUUCAUGGAGACAACAUGCUUGAGAAGAGCGAAAAUAUGCCAUGGUUCAAGCAAUGGACAAUUGAGAGGGUGGACCCAGCAACCAAAAAAGAAGCAAAUGCCAGUGGAGUUACUCUGUUUGAGGGUCUCGAUUCUAUCCUACCUCCUUCAAGACCUAGUGGGUUGCCUCUUCGCUUACCACUCCAGGAUGUCUACAAGAUUGGAGGUAUUGGAACAGUGCCUGUAGGCCGUGUUGAGACUGGUGUCCUAAAGCCAGGAACGGUUGUGACAUUCUCCCCUUCCAAUAUCACUACUGAGGUCAAGUCCGUUGAAAUGCAUCACGAGAGUCUGGCUGAAGCUCUUCCUGGUGACAAUGUUGGUUUCAAUGUAAAGAACGUGUCUGUGAAGGAUAUCAAGCGUGGUAAUGUUGCUGGUGAUUUCAAGAACAACCCACCUAAACCAUGCAAGAGCUUUACUGCUCAGGUCAUUGUUAUGAACCACCCUGGAGAGAUCCAUGCAGGAUACAGUCCAGUCCUUGACUGUCACACUGCUCACAUUGCCUGCAAGUUCGAUAAGCUCUUAGAAAAGAUUGAUCGUCGUAGCGGGAAGAAGCUUGAAGACAACCCUAAAAUGAUCAAGACUGGUGAUGCCGCCAUGGUCGAGAUGAUUCCUUCCAAGCCUAUGUGUGUUGAGACCUUCACUGAAUUCCCUCCUCUUGGCCGCUUUGCUGUUCGUGAUAUGAAACAGACUGUUGCUGUUGGUGUGAUCAAGUCUGUUGAUAAAACUGAAGCUGCUGGAGGCAAGACAACCAAGGCUGCCACCAAGGUUAUCAAGGGAGGAAAGAAGUGAAUUGAAGUAUCAAAGCAGUUGUAAUGCUCAGAACAUUUCUUCAAGAAAUAAAUGGCUGUCCAAUUUCAAUCUUGUGACACAGAUUUUCAGCAUUGAUUAAAUCAGCUGCUAUAGUAGAAGUAAAAAAAAUGUUACUGUUGAAAAUA